AUGUCGGAUAACGAGAAGGCCACCACCGAGCAUGUACCUCCUAGUGGUCCGGUCGAGGAUCAUAUGGGCGAUGAGCCUCCUCAUCACGGCAUGUCGGCUGGCCAAUAUAUCACAUCCCGCUUCAGCAGCUUGAAGCCGCCGAUGUCCAAGCUGCCCAAUCCAUUUUCUUUGAUCAUGAUGCUCAACGGCCACCAUUGGGCCUUCUUCAUGGUCGCCUUUUUCGCUUGGACCUGGGACGCCUUCGACUUCUUCACAGUCUCGCUCACCGUUAGCGACCUCGCUGAAACUUUCGACAAGACCAACACCGAGAUUACCUGGGGUAUCACUCUUGUGCUGAUGUUCCGGUCAGUUGGUUCGAUCCUCUUUGGUAUCGCAGCAGAUCGAUAUGGUCGCAAGUGGCCAUUUGUUGUCAACAAUGUCCUGUUCAUCAUUCUCGAAUUGGGCACUGGCUUCUGCAACACCUACAACCAGUUCCUCGCUUGCAGGGCUCUGUUCGGUAUAGCCAUGGGGGGUUUGUACGGCAAUGCGGCAGCUACUGCGCUUGAGGACCUCCCCGAGGAGACCCGUGGCUUGAUGUCUGGUAUCUUGCAGCAAGGCUACGCAUUCGGAUACCUCCUUGCCACCGCUUUUGCACGGGGCCUAGUCGGCACCACCCCGCACGCCUGGAGACCCUUGUACUGGUUCGGCGCAUGCCCGCCGGUUCUGAUCAUCGUCUUUCGCCUGAUGUUGCCCGAGACCAAUGUGCACCAGCAGCGAGAGUCUGUGCGUCGCACGGCGCAGGCCAGCGGCAGCAGUGUCUCAAAGACCUUCAUCCAGGAGGGUAAGGUCGCUCUGAAGCGGCAUUGGUUACUGCUCACAUACCUUGUCCUCCUGAUGGCCGGGUUCAACUUCAUGAGCCACGGUAGCCAGGACCUGUACCCAACGAUGCUGAAGAACCAGUUCGAGUUCAAUGAGGACCAGGUAACAGUCACACAAGUCGUAGCAAAUCUCGGCGCUAUGACUGGCGGAACAGUUGUCGGUUUCCUCUCGCAGUCGUUUGGUCGACGCCUCAGCAUCAUUGUGAUUUGCAUAAUUGGAGGAGCGCUGUUAUAUCCCUAUAGCUUCGUCGAAAAUGAGCGGGUCAUUGCGGCUGCGUUCUUCGAGCAGUUCUGCGUGCAGGGUGCUUGGGGUGUCAUUCCGAUCCACCUGAUGGAGCUGUCUCCCGGUGCGUUCAGGACCUUCGUGGUGGGAACCUCCUACCAGCUGGGAAACCUGGUCAGCUCAGCGAGCUCGACUAUCGAGGCCACGAUCGGCGAGCGAUUCCCGCUCCCACCAAAAGGCGAGACGAAGCGCUACGGCUACGGCAAGGUCAUUUGCAUCUUCAUGGGAUGUGUCUACGCCUACGUGAUCCUGCUGGCAUUCCUCGGUCCCGAGCACCUGCGCCGCAAGUUCGAGGUUGAGCACGACGCGGACGUGAGGGAAAUUGCGGGCGAGGAAACGAUCGAGCAGGCGAUUCACCGCCGGGAGAGGAUGGGUAUGGGCUUGAGUGACGAAGAUCUGGCUGAUGCUGCUGAGGUGAAGCGCAUUGAGGAGGCGUCGAGGAAUAGGGAGAAGAAGGUCAACCAGAUUGUUUGA